AAAUACUGUCCGAUUCUAUUCCCAUCCCUUUCGUUAUUUUACUGCCCUCAGUUCGGUUUACACUUGUACGUCUUGUCUGAAGCUUGCGUCACUUGAGUCUAGAGCAAGAGCGCACAUUCACUUCGCAUCGAUCAUCGAUUUGAUCUUCGUGAGCGUUGCGGAACGAGACAGAAUGGGCAAAAUCGGUGCGGAUUUUUUGAUCGGCGUGGUGGGGGCGAUCGUACUUGCCCACGCGGCAUACGCGACCAUUAUAUAUCGCAGUGAAUUGAAAAUUAAGGAAGAAGAGUUCGUCCGACCUCCUCUCCAGGUUUUGGUGGAGGUGGCUGUCAGUCUUGGAUUGUGUUUUUGGGCUGCUUUAAGAGUGCCAGGAACCUUUCUUCCCAUAUUGCCCGACUCGAAGGAAAACAGGGUUGUAAUGCUUCAUUCAAACUUGGACUUCAUGGUCUUCAAUCAUCGGGGAAAACUUUUCCCUCCUGCGUUGGAAGUCAAGUUCUAGACUCAGAACACACGACACAUAGGAUCUAGAGCCGAAGUCUUCACUGUGUUAACAUACGGAACAGGAGGCUAAAAUGUUCAUAAAGGUUGCAUUGCGAGGAUCAAUACUCGUAAGUGCAAUUUUCGCCUCGAAAGAUGCGUAUGCGGUUGUUCUGAAGGAUAUGUACUGUAUUCGUUCUUUCUUCGUCUGCAGGUUUUGAAGGAAGUCCUUGACAGAAGAUGAUAUGUUGAGCGAUUAUAAACUCAAAUCGCAUCAUCGAGGAAUUGCAUUGUUAUCACCAAAUUAUCGGGAGGUGGAUGAUACGGAGUAAAGCUCCUGAGCUGAUAUUACGAUUUUGGCUUCGCGUGUUCGACAUAAAAGUGAUGAGGCAUCCGACAUUGUGGGGGUGAGGAAAUCUAAUGAGCUUGUUGUCAAGGAAGUCUUCUGUUUACAUUGUUCAUCAUAAUUUGUAGUCAGACAGAUCUAGUCAUGUUUAUGGAUCAAUGUUUGGCUAUUGAAACAGAAGCGGACGCACAUUCUUCCAUGGACCGAUUAUUGUUCUUUUGGUCAUGAAGUACCAGUUGACGCUACUUUUGGCCUCAAAGAUGCGUCCUUGGUAGUGGUAGAGUUUAUGAGUCCGAUCAUGGUCUCGCCUGAGCUUUUUAUGCAGAUCAACGAAGCCAGAUGUCCCUGCAUCAUUUGGUUCCAAGAAAAAUGUGUUUUUGUAUUACGUGUAGCAACAGCGAACCAAACUUUGGUUUUGAAGAAGACAGUUGUCCUUAUAAAGACAUGCUGUACCCAAACCAAGUAUACCGAUACCAAAACUUACGACGGAUGUUCUUAUGACAGAAAUAUUGAAAUUGCCUUCGAGAUGUGUGCGCAACUUAGGCACAUGCAAAGUAGAAAACAUAAAUUUGGGAGACCCUACACACGUGAAAGUGUAGUUCAGUUGUAUCAGCCGUCAUCGUUGUUGAGUGUUGUGCUCUCAUCAGUGUCCCAAGGCUACCCGCCGCCCAGUUUCACCGCCGAAAUCAAUCAGCCCAUUACUGUCAAUUGUGGCCUAUAAGAGAGUUGGCUCUCUGUGCUUAUCCGAUCAGCUAAAUUGCCGAUGAAAGUGAGCAGCUUGUUAUCCAGGCUUGAGCACGGGUCUAAAACAUUACCAUUUGGUUCAGUCAUUAGGUGAGUUACAAUUUUGCUUCUGAUCUCUGGCUUUGAAGUCAAGCCGUUUUGCUUGAUGCAAAAGGACUGGACACGUCAUGUAGUCGUUGACCUACAAACAUUGUAAUGGCCACUUCUUGUGAGUGGGAGUCGCAAGUAAGG